UGCAAACUCCUAUUAUAUCAACAAAGGCAGCUACACACACAAUACUACACACAUGCACUCAAAUGAACCUGCACCAGUGACAGACUCACUCUGUGGGACACACACACACAAACCCAACCCUGUCAUUGUAACACACCCAACUACCAUCUGGGCCUCCCACACAACCAGUUCCCUUUGUCACACAUAAGACACCAGCAUCCUCAUCUGUAUCUCAUUCACAACAAAGUGGUUUUGACAAGCAAGCACACAGCUCCCAUUUAGAGGCACACACACAGCUUGUGACUUGUGUCACCUGGGUCUCCAUGGUCCCAAUAAUCAUCUAAUUAAUCCAAGGAUGCCCCCCAGUAUAUUGGCACGAGAGAGCUCAGAGGUCGAUUGGUGUGAAACAAACUAUCUUCACUCAGAGUAUGUGGCUGAAUAUUACAACACGGUCACCAAUGUUGUCUUCUUUGUGGCUGGACCACUCAUGAUGUACCUGCUGCACCCCUACGCCUGUAAACGCACCCUAGCUGUUCAUCUCGUUUGGACCAUGUUCACCUUAGUCGGCCUCUUCUCUGCAUACUACCACAUGACCUUGAGCUACUUGGGGCAAAUGCUGGACGAGCUCUCCAUUCUGUGGGUGAUUGCUUUGGGCUAUUCGAUAUGGUUUCCCAGGCCCUACUUUCCGGAAUUCAUCAAGAACAGGAAUCAGUUUGGAGCUACCAUUUUUAUCAUUGCUAUGAUAAGUACAGCGCUGUCAUUUGCGAAGCCUGUGGUCAACGCCUAUGUCUUAAACUGUAUAACGUUCCACAUACUAUACAUAUUGGUGAAGGAAAUUAGAAAGUGUACUGUUCAGGAAAUUCGGAAUUUGGCAUUCAUUGCGGUCGUCUUGUGGGUUGUGGCCAUUUCCUGCUGGCUCAGUGACCGUUUGUUUUGUAGCUUCUGGAGAACGAUCAACUUUUCUUAUCUGCACAGCAUAUGGCACAUCCUUAUCUGUAUCACCGUUUUAUACAGUAACACCCUUUUUGCCUACUUUGAUGCUGUUUAUGAGAUUCCAGAAUGCCAACCACAGGUUCAUUACUGGCCUUCGAACUCUGUCUACAUUGGUUUCCCAUAUUUAGCCAUCACCAAGUCUGUGCCAAAAAAAAACUGCUAGUCUGCAAUUGACAAUAUGGCCCUGAUUAAAAAAUAAUUCUGAAUUUCAGAUGCUGCAUUUCAUAUUUUUGUAA